UGCAAACACGUGGGCGUUGAGUCAGCAGCUGCUUUUCUUAAUAGGCGUGGUUUUCAAUUAAUAAAGAGAAAUCUGGUCCAUGGUCGAUAUGAGCACAGAAAGAGAUCUGGAAGAGAGUUUAGAGUGUAACAUUGGCUCACUGACGGAGGAGGUCUUACAAAGAUUCAUAGAAAUAGACGAAUGGCACUUCAGCGACUCUGACACGGAGGAGAGCGAGACUGAGACAACAGACGCAGAUGACAGCAGUGACGAUGAGGGCUCUACAUCAAAACCACAGGGUCAUUGGCAGGAGUUAUGCAAUUCCUCAAAGCCCUCUACCUCUUCUCCUGACGAUGUCACUCGUCUCUCCGCCACUUCUGAGGACUGCGAGACUGCAAUCGAGCUCCUCCUAUCCCAACUCACGCCAUACGAUGAUAUAGAAGACUCAGAGACUGAUGAGCACCAGAGAGACUCUGAGGUUCUCUUGUUGACUGAAAUGGAAGGAGGAAGUGCCUCUUCUACUCCGACCACAACUCUUGAUAGGAGAGUGGAGAGGCAAAAAGAGAGUAAUGUUGUGACAGGAUCAACUCCUGUUGAUAAGUCUUCCCUACCUCGACACUACUUCAAAGCCCAAGAGCUGCUGACAUCAGAAAGAACGUACAUUCAAGGGAUUCGUUUGUUAGAAAAGGUUCUGCAUGGUUCGGUGAAAACUGCACACAAGACUAAGAAACCAAUCUUACCAGAGUUCUAUAGGAAGAGAAUAUUUCUUAACGUUGGUGAAAUACAUGCUUUAAAUCUUGACCUUCUAAACGAGCUUGAGAACAGAAUGGAGAACUGGAAUGAGGAGAGUGUCGUAGCAGAUGUAUUAGCCACCAGAGCUCCAUUCUUCAAAUUAUACUCAAUGUAUACAUCAAGGUUUGAUGAUGCUCAGAUUGCUUUUGCUGAGGCCAUGAAACGUUACAAACCUUUUGCAGAAUUAGUACACAUGAUUGAGAGUAGUACAACAAUGUGCAAAGGUCUCCCUUUAUCCAGUUACAUGCUAUAUCCAAUACAAAGAAUACCCAGAUACAAACUACUCCUUGAAGACUAUGAGAAGCUGCUACCCAAGGAUCACAAUGACAUUGAACAUACUAAAAGUGCUCUGAAGGCUAUAUCAGAUGUUGCUAAGCACCUUAACAAUAGAAUCAAAGAUUUGGAGCAACAAGCAAUUGUAGUCAAAUUCCAAAAGAUGUUUGACACCAAAGAGACACUAGUUAUACCAGGGAGGAGAUUCCUGCUAAGAGGACCUGUUGAAAUGGUGUCAGGAAGAAAACUAAAUAAAAGAAAGCAGCUAGUCUUGUUUGUGUUUUCAGAUACUGCUAUAUUGACCAGCAUCACAAGAAAAAUGAAGUUUAAGAUAAAGUACAAAUUACCUUUGGAGACUCUUCAAAUAUCUUCAAUGCAUUCACGUGUUACUGAGAACAGCUUCUGCCUUUUCACUCCAGCAAUAUCUAAACCUUUCAGACUCUGUGCUAGGAAUGAAAGAGAACGAGACAAAUUUGUCUCUUGUAUUAGGAUUGGAGUGGAUAGGGAGAUUGAAAGGUGUAGCUCAUUUAAAUAUGCAAGAAAAACGCAAUCACUGACUGACUCAUUCUCAAAACGGGUCUACAAGGAAAUGCUUAAGGACCCGGCAUUACGCUCUCGGUGGACACGCUCACCACGUAAACUUGAAGUACAUAAGAGCACACCUACUACUAGUGAACCUAUUGAAGAAGUAGAUGCACCAGAUGCUGCUCCGAUGAACAUUGCAAUGGAAUUUGAGGACUUUAAUGAGAUAUCACUGCUGGGUACUAUUAUUGAUACUGGGUUGAGUGAUUAUCUGAAACACUGUUACUCUACCAAUGGCAGUACUACUAAUAGUGAAUGGGAGACAAAAUGGUUUGUACUCAAUCACUCCUUCCUAGUGGGAUAUACUAAUCACAUGAUGGAUGAGAUUCUCUUUGCAUUACCUCUAGAUUCAUGUAGGAUAGAGAAGGGAAAUGAUGACGAAUUCUCAAUCAAAGUGAUAAGUACAACCAGCACUCAUUGCUUUGAAUUCGGGAAUGAAUACAGUUACACAAGGUGGAGCAAUGUGCUGGAAGUUAACAUAGAGAAUAAUGCAAACAACUAAAGUGCAAUUCCUUUUGGAUACAAAAUUGAUGCACCAGUGAUAUACUAUAUUGUACAUUUAUAUAAACUUUUUUGAAGUAAAAUGCUAAACUCAUGUAUUUCUAAAAUAUAUUUAAUCCUAA